GGAUAUUACAGGAAUUCCGGGCCUGACAAGCAUCAAAAGCUUUGAUCCAUUCCAUUUGAACCGCAUACGCAUAUCCCAGGGCAACAGCAAUGCCAUCAAUCUGAAAGUCGAGCUGGCCAACAUUAAGAUUUUCGGAUUCGGUCACACCAAAGUGAUUGAGAGCUUAGUUUUCAAAAAGGACUACAGCUGGAAGACCACAUUCACGCUGCCGGUAAUGAAGCUUCAAGGAGACUACAGUUUAUUCGGGCGCAUUCUGCUCAUACCACUAAACGGGCGUGGUCAGGUGUUUUUAGACGCAGAUAACAUGACUGUCACCAUGCACACAAAGACGCGACUGUACUCGAAGGGCGGCUUCACGUUUUACAAUGUGACCAACUGCCGCGUGGACUUCAAAAUGGAUGGCCUGAAGUCAUACUUCUCUAAUCUGUUCAAUGGCAACAAGCAAUUGGAGGACAGCACCAACAAGUUCUUCAACGACAACUGGCGAAUGCUGGCAGAUGCUCUAUACACGGUUAUCACGCAGACAAUCGAGGACAUUCUGCUCGAUGUUCUGAAAAAGAUUUUCCACUUCAUACCAGCAAACUACUUUGUCAGCGACAUUCCCACUCCGGAGCAACUCUAUGGUAAAACGAAGCCGAAACCAAAAUAAACGUAGUACAAGAACUCUCAGCUCUUAGUGAUAUUUAUUGGUUUCGG